AUGGGACGGGUCUGGUCGUGCUGUCCUGAGGCGGGCCGGGUCUGGUCGUGCUGUCCUGAGGCGGGUCUGGUCUGGUAAAUCUGUGCUGUGUUGGGCCCGGUCUUGUAGAGCUGUAAUAAGCCGUGUCUGGCUCUUCUCUCCUGGGGAUGGUGGGGGUACUGUUGUUUCAGAAGGUGGGGCAGGGGGGCUCUGCUGCUGGGGUGAUGGGUGUGUGGGUCCCUGCCAAGUGUUGCAUCCUUUAGGUCCUUAGCAAAAGUUCUGACACUGACCUGAUCAAGAUGUACAUUAUCGUAUAAGUGUUCACAUGUCAGAGUGGGAUGGUGAGCCAUUCUAAUGUUGAGCAGUGAGGCACAGUCCACAGUGAUCUGUUGUUUUAUUUUGUCGAUCAACUGUCCUGGGAAGUCUUUUCUUGGUAGGAGGGUGGACACAACUAUAUUGGUUGUUGGGAACAUAGCCUGUGCCCGUUCUGCUACUCUUCUCACUGCCCCAGAUACAUUUUCACCUUUGGCAUGAAGGUCGUUUGUGCCAAUGUGGAUGAUGAUGUUGUCGGGGGUGUCAAUCCUGGUCUGACUGAGUAGCUGCAUUGCACUGUCAGUUGUAGGACACCAGAACUUAGAACUUGGUGUCUAGGGAAUAAUCUUUCCUGGACUAAGAACUUCCCAUUUGAAUCAAUAAGGAUUGCAGUUGUGGGUGACUGUCUGGGUGGAGCAGACUGGGAGACUGGUAUUCUGACCUGGGCUGGAGCAGACUGGGAGGCUGGUUGGCUGACCUGGGCUGGAGAAGACUGGGUGGCUGGUUGGCUGACCUGGGCUGGAGCAGACUUAGAGGCUGGUAGGUUGACCUGGGCUGGAGCACACUGUGCUGGAGCAGACUGGGAAGCAGGUAGGCUGACCUGGUCUAGAGCAGACUGGGACGCUGGUUGGCUGAUCUGGGCUGGAGCAGACUGGUAGGCGGGUGCAGUGUCAUCAGGCUGUGUGGUGGAGGCCAUGCUGGUCUCAGGUUCUGCUUGUGUUGUACCAGGCUGGUGGACAUGUUCUCUAGAUGCAGAGGACAUAUUGACUAGCUGCUGGUUGAGGGUGUCAAUGUACCUCUCUCUUUGUUCUAGCUCCUUUCUUGUUGUGCUCAGAUGGUCUCUGAGGUCAUCAUUUGUCUGACUCAGUUUGUCCAUUCUGCUUUCUAAUUUAGCAAUAGAUGCUCUGCUCUCCUCCCGGAACUGUUUCAUCUCUUCUUUUAGUUUCUGGACAGUGUCCUCCUCUUGAAGCUUGUUCUCUCUGAGUUCUAUGACCUCUGCUUCGACGAGAGAGAGGGUGUUGUGGAAACGUUGCACAGCAGGUGUUCUUGGUGUUGUAGGCAUGUCCUUGGCUUUGUCUGCUGCAGGAGAGGUAGGUAGAGGGACACUUAGGGCUUCUUGCUGGGUUACAGAGACCGUUGGGGCCUGCUUUUUUCCAUCUCCCUCCUUGACUUGUUCCUCAGUUUCUGAGAUGAGUUCAGCUUCUGCUUUUAGGGUAGCAAACAUAUUCUCAAAAGCCUGGAGGCUUGAAUCAUUGCCUUGUAUCAAUACAGUUCCAUUAUUAUAUAAGUUUACUGUUUGAUACGUGUUGCUCUGGUCAGCUUCUUCAAAAAUGCUGAUCUGACAUCCUUGGCUGAUGCCUCUCUUUUUUGAGAAAGGGAAAUUGUUGCAAAUAACUAUUUUCCAUAUGUGCCCUCGUUUGGUAUUAAAUAUUAAAUUUGUUCUUGUUUUGCAACUGGUAAGAUCUGCAAACAGGCAUUCAUGGUUCUGUCCCAUCAUCAAACCUUUUAAACUUUUCUUAGCUUUCUCCGUCUGGAUGCCUGGUGGGUAAACAAUUUCCAUAGCAACGCUGUACACAAUGUUGCAAUAGAAACGGUGUUUCUUGUAUUGUUCUCUCUUGUGUCUUUUAGAGGACUGUUUUACUUUGAUGUCCUUUGUCUUCUGUCCUUAGUUUGUCUUAUUUUGUCUUUCUUUUCUUCUGUUAACUAGAUAUUAUUUGUUAGCUAGCUAGCUUCUUCCAGGAGAGUCCCUAGCAACUGCUUAGCAACUUGGUAAACAAUUCAGCUAGCUAAGAUAACUGUACAAUUUUAUGAAAAUAGUUACUUUUUCUAAAGCCUUUCUUCUUUGUUUGUUGCUUGUUUUGUCUCUUAUUCAGUCUUGCAGUUUUCUUUUGUUUUUUUUCCGAUGUACUUCACUCUAAAAACCAUAUAAAUCUCAAUAUUUGUAGGAGCUCAUUUUUUCAGCAGCUGCUGCUCUAUUUGGAAUUCUGAGAUUCUCUCUCUCUCUCUCUCUCUCGCUCUCGCUCUCGCUCUCUCUCUCUCUCUCUCUCUCUCUCUCUCUCUCUCUCUCUCUCUCUCUCUCUCUCUCUCUCUCUCUCUCUCUCUCUCUCUCUCUCUCUCUCUCUCUCUCUCUCUCUCUCUCUCUCUCUCUCUCCAGCUGACUAACCACAAACUUUGUAAUUCCCUCGUGCCACCAACCUCUCUCCUCAACAGCUUGAUGCUUGUGGGAUGUUAGAAGCAGAAGGUGCACUGUUUCUGGUUGACGCACACACCAUAAAUCUCGACACAAAUGAGGGGCACUACUCACAAUAUGUCACCCUGCUCAAUUCGUGUGUGUGUAUGUACAUUUGUGUGUGAGUAUGUGUGUGCAUUUGUGUGUGUGUGUGUGUGUGUGUGAGCAUACCCCCAUGUGCAGUUUGGGUGUGCCUAUUGCAGGCACAACAAAUCAAAGCAAGCCCAACGGUGGCGGUUGGGGAGACAACAGAUGCAUAAGUGAACGUGAGCAGUGUUCACAGGGCACUGUGAGAGCUCAUUACUGUAGUCUUUGGGCUGGAAAAUAUUUGUCUGUGGGGAUUCAUUAUAAACAUCCUGCUCUAGCAGCUCCUGCCACGCACUGCUGUAAUGAGAGAUCCUCUUCCUCAUCCUCACUUUUCCUCACAUCUUCAUCAUCUUAUCUUCUCUCAGUGGUUUAAAUUGGGCAGGUGAAGUCUGAAGCCUCAGUGGUCACCUGCAUUGCAGUGGAAGUCUGUCUAGCUAGUGUUCUGCUAGCUUCGUUCGUUAUCAUUAGCAUAACUAGUGUUAUGUUAGUUAGUCUAAUUCUCUGUGGAGUGGAUACUGGUGAAUCUGGCACUAAACCACUUAAGACCACAUGAUUUACAUAGCAUUCAUAUUAGAUAGGCCUAUUUAUAUCGCUCCAUUUCUUAGUGUAAAAUGUUUCUUGGCUAGUGUGCACUCAAAAUGAAUUCAACAUGUUUAACUCAUCAGCUCACACUUAAAUACAUUAGUUUGAAGCUUUGUAAAAGAUGUUCAUUGCAACAGUUUUGGUGGCUGCUGUGUUGUUAUGUUUUAUGCAGUUGUCUCAUCCUGAGGAAACAGCUGUGCUGUUUUAUCUUUGUCUGGGAUUGUUUUAGAGACAUUAAACACUGGACCGUUUAUUUUAUACUGUUUUUUCACACUGUGUUUUCAUAUACUUUAUUCUUCACAAAGCUGUAUUCUUUAUAAAGCUCAUUCUAAUAUACAGAUCUACUACUGCACAUUGCAUUGGUUGACUUGUUUUGUCUGAUUUUGUGGUUGUCUUUUUGCAGUGGUUGACUUGUUUUGUCUGAUUUUGUGCUUGUCUUUUUGCAGUGGUUGACUUGUUUGGUCUGAUUUUGUGGUUGACUUUUUGAAGUGCUUGACUUGUUUUGUCUGUGGUUAUUUCACAGCAGCUGUGUGGUUUUGCUGUGGUGUUAGUGUUGUUUUAAGUGUUGAUUGUAUCAAGCUGUCUCUCCCUCUAUCCCAUAGGCCCGUACCCCCCGUGUAAUCCGACGCAACCCCGACCAGCCGGCUCUAGCCGACCAGGCCAGCAGGGUGUCAUUUGCCUCGGCUGAGAGUCUGGAAACCAUGUCUGAGGCCGACGUUCCCCUCGGGUUCAACCGCAUGAACCGCCUCCGCCAGAGCCUGCCCCUGGCACGCUCAUCCAGCCAGGCCAAGCUUCGUGCGCCAGGUCAGAACAACAUGGUCACAUCAUGGACAUAUCACGGUCAUAUUGACCACAGUCAUAACAACCAUCAUCUGCACCAACUUUGUGGUUGCAGACAGGUUCACUCUAAAGAGAAUUUUAUUCAUAUUCAUAAGGAGAAUGAGGAUCACAUUCGUGAGGAAGUUUCUCAAGUGUGUACGUGAUUCUAUUUCAAAUUCGUAACUGAUUGUCCCAAAUUAAUUUUGAAAAAGCCCCAGUAGACAAAUUAGAUUAUUGUGAUUGUGCCCUCUCUGCCCUCUGUCCUGUGUGUGUGUGUGUAUGUUUGUUGAUUUAUUACAGUCAAAUGAAUCUCAAUUUUCUCCUCUCCUCUCCUCUCCUCUCCUCUCCUCUCCUCUCCCCCUUCCUCCCUCUUUCUCCUCAGGCAUUCUUUUCCUCCAGCUGGGCGAGGAGACGAGGCGGGUGCACCUGACCCACGAGCUGACCAGCCUGGACACCCUGAGAGCCCUCAUUGUCCACAUGUUUCCCCAGAGGCUCACCAUGGCAAUGCUCAGGUGGCUUUAUCACACUUUACUAGAACGCUCUGUUAUAAAGGCUGCAUAACGCUGUCAUAACAAAGACAUAACAAUGACAUAGCCGGUGUCAUAAACAGUCAAGACAACUGGUGUCACCAUAUGACAACUGGUGUCACCAUAUGGCAGCUGACUUUUAGCUAAAAUAAAAUCAGAUUAUUAGCUGACAAGCCAAAGACUAAUUAUAUGAAAUAAAACAAAAACAAUUGUUAUUAGGUAAUUACCAAACAAAAAGUGGCCUGUUGAAUUGUAAGUGAUCAGGUGUCAAUGCCCAUGUUCAGGUGCCCCAGCACGGCCCCUGCGAUUAAGGAUGAGGCCCGUAACGUCUUCUAUGAGCUGGAGGACCCACGAGACGUCCAGGACCACUGUGGUCAUCAAGAUCUACUGUAAGGAGCCUGUCUACGGCAACCUACCCCGGACACCACAACCCACACCUGGCCAAUGGAGACCUCCGGGUGAGUGUAGAAGGGGGGGUGGGGGUUGUUGUCGUCUCUGUCUCUGUCAUCUGUCGCUCUCCUCUCUCUCUACUAAAAAAAACCAACCAAAAACAAAAAAACAAAAACAAAACAAAAAAAAACAAAAACAAAAAAAAAAAACAAAAACACAAAAACACCUCUCUCGAAAAAAAAAAACCCAAAAACAACCAAAAAACCAAAAAAAAAAAAAAAAAAAAAAAAAAAAAAAAAAAAAAAACAAAAAAAAAAACCACCAAAAACCCAAAAACCCAUCCUCUCUGUCGCCACCCCCCCCCCCCCCCCCCAUCUGGUCUGUCUCUCUCUCUCUGUCUGUCCAUCUGUAUGUGUGGGCCUUGCUCGCCAUGAGGAGCGGUGAACCCUAAAGGGUUAAAGGACCUCAACAAGCUCUCUCCAGAAUUGAGAGCAAAUACUAAGCCCAAGUACUCCUUCACCAAAAUAACAUAUUUGUAGCUACUCAUGCGGUUCUGACAUUGAUAUUAUGUUGUUUAUAAAUGGAAAAAUGUGUGGCUAUUAAUCAACCUACUGGAGCACAAAUAAAACUCAGCCAGUCUCUAUUAAAUCAUUCUGCAUGAAUGAGUAAUAUGAUACUACAACAGUAGCACUGUUUUUGAAUCCAGUCCCAAGCUUAGUGAUGAGCUUGGAGAGGACUAUGGUGUUGAAUGCUGAGCUGUAGUCAAUGAACAGCAUUCUUACAUAGGUAUUCCUUUUGUCCAGGUGGGUGAGGGCGUGCAAUAGAUAUUGCAUCAUCUGUGGAUCUGUUGGGGCGGUAUGCGAAUUGGAGUGGGUCCAGGGUGUCUGUGAUGAUGCUGUUGAUGUGAGCAAUGAACAGCCUUUAAAAAAAUGUCAUGGCAAUAGAUGUGAGUGCUACAGGGCGAUAGUCAUUUAGGUAGGUUACCUUAGCGUUCUUGGGCACGGGGACUAUGGUGGUCUGCUUGAAACAAGUUGGUAUUACAGACUGGGUCCAUUGCUUCUGGUUGGGGUAUGUACAGUGGGGAGAACAAGUAUUUGAUACACUGCCGAUUUUGCAGGUUUUCCAACUUACAAAGCAUGUAGAGGUCUGUAAUUUUUAUCAUAGGUACACUUCAACUGUGAGAGACGGAAUCUAAAACAAAAAUCCAGAAAAUCACAUUGUAUGAUUUUUAAGUAAUUAAUUUGCAUUUUAUUGCAUGACAUAAGUAUUUGAUACAUCAGAAAAGCAGAACUUAAUAUUUGGUACAGAAACCUUUGUUUGCAAUUACAGAGAUCAUACGUUUCCUGUAGGUCUUGACCAGGUUUGCACACACUGCAGCAGGGAUUUUGGCCCACUCCUCCAUACAGACCUUCUCCAGAUCCUUCAGGUUUCCGGGCUGUCGCUGGGCAAUACGGACUUUCAGCUCCCUCCAAAGAUGUUCUAUUGGGUUCAGGUCUGGAGACUGGCUAGGCCACUGCAGGACCUUGAGAUGCUUCAUGAGGCCAUGAGAAAUGCCGCCUCUGAAUUGUGCAUUUUCUUGAUUGCGUAUGGCCCUAUACAGCUCGUUGAGUGCGGCCUUAGUGCCGGGAUAGAUUUGUAGUGGUAAAUAGACAGCUACGAAAAACAUAGAUGAAAACUCUUGGUAAAUAAUAUGGGCUGCAGCUUAUCAUGAGGUAUUCUAACUCAGGAGAGCAAAAACUCUCAACUUCCUUAACAUUAGAGCUCACACACCAGCUGUUGUUAACAAAGAGACACACCCCUCAUCCAUUCAUCUUACCCGAGUCUGCCAUCCGGUCUUGAUGACACAUAGAAAAACCAGCAAGAUGUGUAUCCAUGUCCUCAUUCAGCCACGACUCUGUGAAACAAAGGAUAUUACAUAAGAUCCCUCCUAUCCCCCAGCAAAUAAAACCCAAGGUGAAGUGGGCUGUACAUGAGCCAGCAGAGCAGAUUACAGACUGUAAACCAUGACGGGACCACCGAGUAGCACUGCACAGAGACAGAGAGGAAGGAGGGACAAAAUGGAUGGAUGACAGGGCUCAGUGGAGAUUGAUCGGCAGGUUGGUUGGUGGUGAGGAGACGGGUUAGAGUAGUGUGAGGAGAUGCAGUAAAACUGUGCUGUGUCUGAGAUGUCAUGCUUCGCCCCUCGCUCGUCGGUCACAUUUAGUGGGAUUAUUUUCUUGUAGAUAUGGAGGCAGUGGCUAAACUACAGGAUGUAGAUGGUGGAGAUGAAGGUGCUCCAGUCAUUACUCCAGUGUGUGUGUGUAGAGCACAGGGGGUUCUAAGGUGCCACUAACCUCCUGUGGUGUGGAGUCCAUGGGGGGCUGCUAUUAUACUUUAAGAGCCCAGGGGGUCAUUAUCUCAGGUUGGUUUUCAAGCUGCAUCCAACUUGCUACAGUCUGGUAAAUGACGAACAUACACCUGGUGGGAUAUACACUGUAUCGGCAGUAUAGAACAGCAGCCUCUGGUAAGACAAGGGGUGGCGGUCCAUGUAUAUUUGUAAACAACAGCUGGUGCACGAUAUCUAAGGAAGUCUCAAGGUUUUGCUCGCCAGAGGUAGAGUAUCUCAUGAUAAGCUGUUAACCACACUAUAUACCAAGAGAGUUUUCAUCUAUAUUCUUCGUAGCUGUCUAUUUACCGCCACAAACCGAUGCUGGCACUAAGACUGCACUCAAUGAACUGUAUACGGCCAUAAGCAAACAGGAAAACGCUCAUCCAAAGGCGGCACUCCUAGUGGCCGGGGACUUUAAUGCAGGGAAACUUAAAUCAGUUUUUCCUACCAGCAUGUUAAAUAUGCAACCAGAGGGGGAAAAAAACUUUAGACCACCCUUACUCCACACACAGAGAUGCGUACAAAGCUCUCCCUUGCCCUCCAUUUAGCAAAUCUGACCAUAAUUCUAUCCACCUGAUUGCUGCUUACAUGCAAAAACUAAAACAGGAAGCACCAGUGACUCGGUCAAUACAAAAGUGGUCGGAUGAAGCAGAUGCUAAGCUACAGGACUGUUUUGCUAGCACAGACUGGAAUAUGUUCCGGGAUUCUUCCGAUGGCAUUGAGGAGUACACCACAUCAGUCACUGGCUUCAUCAAUAAGUGCAUUGAUGAUGUCGUCCCCACAGUGACUGUACGUACAUACCCCAACCAGAAGCCAUGGAUUACAGGCAACAUUCGCACUGAGCUAAAGGGUAGAGCUGCCGCUUUCAAGGAGCGGGACUCUAACCUGGAAGCUUAUAAGAAAUACCGCUAUGCCCUCCGACGAACCAUCAAACAGGCAAAGCGUCAAUACAGGACUAAGAUCGAAUCGUACUACACCGGCUCCAAUGCUCGUCGGAUUUGGCAGGGCUUGCAAACUAUUACAGACUACAAAGGGAAGCACAGCCGUGAGCUGCCCAUUGACACGAGCCUACCAGACAAGCUAAAUUACUUCUAUGCUCGCUUCGAUGCAAGUAACACUGAAACAUGCAUGAGAGCAUCAGCUGUUCCGGACGACUGUGUGAUCAUGCUCUCCGUAGCCGAUGUGAGUAAGACCUUUAAACAGGUCAACAUUCACAAGGCCGGAUUACCAGGACGUGUUAUCCGAGCAUGCGCUGACCAACUGCCAAGUGUCUUCACUGACAUUUUCAACCUCUCCCUGUCUGAGUCUGUAAUACCAAAAUGUUUCAAGCACACAACAAUAGUCCCUGUGCCCAAGAACACUAAGGUAACCUGCCUAAAUGACUACCGACCCGUAGCACUCACAUCUGUAGCCAUGAAGUGCUUUGAAAGGCUGGUCAUGGCUCACAUCAACACCAAUGUCCCAGAAACCUUAGACCCACUCCAAUUUGCAUACCGCCCCAACAGAUCCACAGAUGAUGCAAUCUCUAUUGCGCUCCAAACUGCCCUUUCACACCUGGACAAAGGGAACACCUAUGUGAUAAUGCUAUUCAUUGACUACAGCUUAGUGUUCAACACCAUAGUGCCCUCAAAGCUCAUCACUAAGCUAAGGACCCUGGGACUGAACACCUCCCUCUGCAACUGGAUCCUGGACUUCCUGACGGGCCGCCCCCAGGUGGGAAGAAUAGGUAACAACACAUCCGCCAUGCUGAUCCUUAACCCGGGGGCCCCUAAGGGGUGCGUGCUCAGUCCCCUCCUGUACUCCCUGUUCACUCAUGAUUGUAUGGCCAGGCACGACUCCAACACCAUCAUUAAGUUUGCCGAUGACACAACAGUGGUAGGCCUGAUCACUGACAACGACGAGACAGCCUAUUGGGAGGAGGUCAGAGACCUGGCGCCAGGACAACAACCUCUCCCUCAACAUGAUCAAGACAAAGGAGAUGAUUGUGGACUACAGGAAAAAGAGGAGGACCGAGCACGCCCCCAUUCUCAUCGACGGGGCUGUAGUGGAGCAGGUUGAGAGCUUCAAGUUCCUUGGUGUCCACAUCACCAACAAACUAACAUGGUCCAAGCACACCAAGACAGUCGUGAAGAGGGCACGACAAAACCUAUUCCUCCUAAGGAGGCUGAAAAGAUUUGACAUAGGUCCUCAGAUCCUCAAAAGGUUCUACAGCUGCACCAUCGAGAGCAUCCUGACUGGUUGCAUCACUGCCUGGUAUGGCAACUGCUCGGCCUCCGACUGCAAGGCACUACAGAGGGUAGUGCGUACGGCCCAGUACAUCACUGGGACCAAGCUUCCUGCCAUCCAGGUCCUCUAUACCAGGCGGUGUCAGAGGAAGGCCCUAAAAAUUGUCAAAGACUCCAGCAAUCCUAGUCAUAGACUGUUCUCUCUGCCUCUGCACGGCAAGCGGUACCGGAGCACCAAGUCUAGGUCCAAGAGGCUUCUAAACAGCUUCUAUCCCCAAGCCAUAAGACUCCUGAACAUCUAAUGAAAUGGCUACACAGACUUGCAUUGUAAGGUAUUCUAUUCUAUUCAACUUCACUCUAUUCUAUUCUGAGUAUAUCUAUUCUUCCUCUCUUCCUCCAAUGACAGAGGGAGAUGGUGUACACGCCCCAGCAGGAUUCUCCGCCCAACCGUCGCCUCAGCAAUGCCCCCGCCUCCUCUUCCGCCUCGCCCCCCUCCAGCUCCCCGUCCCGCGUCCGUCUCCUCUACAGUGGCGGUGGCCGUCCAUCCUCCUAUGCCGGGCAACCUCACCUCCAGCAUCAUCCCCACACCCACUCUCUCCCCCACCCCCACCACCCCUCGCCCGGGGGCCAGAGUGCGGCCCACCUCCACCCGCAGCAGCAUCACCCCCAGCAGCUCCAGCCCCAGCACCACCAGCUCCAGCACCAUGCCCAGGCAAGCUUCUCCCCCAGUGCAAUCCUGGAGCGGAGGGACGUGAAGCCCGAUGAGGAGGUCCACGGUAGUGGCUCCAGGAGCAUGGUGCUCCUGCGGGGCGAUGGAGGGGGGAUCUAUGCCGACCCCUAUUCCCUGGGCCAGGAAGGGGGUCGCCUUAGUCUGGCCGGCCCCCACACCCCUCUACCCCCGAGGGGGGAUCCCUAUGGCUCUCUCUACCGGCGAGGAGGAGGUGGCGGUGGAGGGGGCGGAGGAGGGUUGGGACCCGGCUCCGUGCGCUCCCUCACUUCCUACUCGGCGGCGGCUCUGCAGGGAGAGCUGAUGGACAGCGGCAUCCUAUACAGGACUGGAGGCCCGCUGUACAAUGAUGCUGCCUACGCCGCGUCCAUGUUGGCCAUGGGCUUCCGGGUGCCACCCCCCUCAUCCCCGCAGAAGAUCCCUGACAUGAGGGACUCGUAUUCUGGCACCAUGCCCGGCCGGGGCUCCCCUGGGAGGCAGACCCUGCGGAGGGACUCGGUGUCCUCCUCCGUGUUUGGGGAGAGUGCCAAAGCUAGAGGUCAGGGGUCAGGGUCAGAUCAACUGUGUCUGAUGGCUGGACCUGGAGGGGAGGGCGGCGGUUUCAGUUCAGCACCAGGUUUUAGUUCACCUCUACCAGGCAACGAGACCGAGACCAGGUGAGAGUGCCAAUGUGUGUGUGUCUGUGUGUGUGUGUGUGUGUGUGUAUGUAUGUUUUGUGUGUCUGUGUUGGGUAUUUUGUGAGUAUCUAAACUGACUCAUACCCUAUGUGUAUCACUGCUAAGGGGCCGCAUGGAGGCCAUGGAGAAACAGAUAGCCAGUCUGACUGGUCUACUGCAGACUGUUCUGACCAGGGGACCAGAGGCAGAUAGCCCGUAAGGCACACACACACACACACACACACACACACACACACACACACACACACACAACAUACACACAGAGUGGGGACCUUUAAGUUAUUUUGUUUUUUUCAGGGACAAGAUUGAGACGGCCAGUGACUGCUCAGGGACAGACAGUAAGUAUCAACUGAAAACAGAACAAAUAUACAUUCACUUUCACUUUGUCCCAUUGACUUGGCAAUGUAAAGGGUAAGGGUUGCAGAGAAUUGUAAAUGUUCUGUAACUGAACUGCUCAUUUGUGACCAAAGUGUGUAUUCGCUUUUGUUAGUAAUGGGUGCCAUGCUUCUUGUACCUUAUUUUAGCUGGACGGUUAAAAAAAAAGAAAGGUAUCUUCUUAUCCAAAGUCCUCAUCUUCUUUCCCCUCUGUGUCCCUAUGACAAAUCCCUUCCCUUACAGUUGAUGUCUCACGUGUGAUGCACUUUGAGUUUUGUGAGGAUUCUGUUUUGAUUCUCCUAUUCUUUAUGUCUGCCUUCAGUGUCUGGAUUCAGGACUGGGCUCAGAAUAUGUUUCCCACUCCCUACUGUUCAUGCUGGACUGUCAUUUUGCUUGUCUUGUUACAAUCAGUAGUGGUACGGUUGCAUAUUUGGUGUUUUGGGUAGAUCAAUAUGUAUUUCUACUCCUGAUACCAUUCACACAGACCUGCAAAAAAGAUGGUUAAUUGCUGGAAGUCGUCUGUGUAAAGGGGAUUUUGUGUUGUCAGAUGAAAAUACGGCUUUCCCUUUUUGAGCUAUCUCUGCUCCAGACAGGCAUUAAAAGGCAAGCCUUUAGUUAGACAAUGCACUUAGAAACACACCGUAACUGUCACAAGCCAUAUCCCAAAACAAGGUGUUCUUCUAUAAUUAGUUUGCCAAGCUCCAAUUUCUCUGUCUCACAGGUUAGAAGUCUUCAAGGAUGUCAGUUGAGCAGUAUACUGCAAUACAUCUGCUCUUCCGUUUAAACUGUUACAUUCUGUAUGAACUUGUUUUUUAACCAUCUCCUCUAAAAGGAUAGCUAGUUCACAUAAAUUACAAAAUCAAUUUGAAGUUUCUUUGCCUGGGAAGUUAUCAAUACUAAUGGCCUUAUUUUGAGUCUUUUCAAAGCAAUUUGAUUAUUUUCAACGUAAAGUAAUACGUGAUUUUGUAGUUUGGGUGAACUCCAAGUUUGUGAGUGCCUUAGUCUUAUCAAACCAGUCCCUUUGAUUUGUUAUGCAUGAUAAAAUGUGCCUGAGAAAAUGCCAUAUAAACAAAGCCAUAUGUUCAUUGUCAUUUCAAUGGACCCUUGUAUCAUUUCAACUCAAGCGUCAAAGAAUUGCUUGCUCCAGGCUUGCUGUGGAUGAUCUGUUGUUACCCCUGAAAUCUAGAUGUAUGUAAAGAAAUACAGCUUUGUGUGUCCUAAAAACCUUCCCCACUCUGUUAAUCAUCAUUACACCUGUUGUUCAAUCCUUUAAUUCCUCCCCCCUUUACGAUGGAUGAUAUAAUUGGCUUCAGUGACAGUAGAAUGCACAGUCAUGAGACACUAAUCCUGCUUUCUGAUUGGCCAGCUCUGACGCCAUCGGCUCCGUUGGCCCUGAUGCCGCCCCCGCCCACAGGGUCCACCCAGUCACCGAUAGUGUCGCGGCUGCAGAUGCAGACCCACCUGCAUGGCCUGCAGCAGAACACCAGCAGGCUGCGCAUACAGCUGUCCCAGCUGCGCGACAUCCAGGUACACACACACACGCACACACACACACACACAUUCCUCAAGGCUCUAGUUGUUUAUAUAUCAAUGUGUAGAUUGUGUAUGUGUUUUUGUUUAACUAUCCUUGUGGGUACCAGAAGUCCUUACAAGGAUAGUAAAAUAAGGAAUAUUCGAAGAAGUGGGGACAUUUUGCUAUUUUAGGCUUAGGGGUUAGGUUUAGGUUAGUGUUACAAUUAGGGUUAGGGUUAGUGGUUACGAAUAGGUUUAGGGUUAGGAGUGAGGCUUAGGUAAAGUUUUAGGGUUAAGGUUAGGGGUUUGGGUUUAAGGUUAGGCUUAAGGUUAAGGUUAGGGUUAUGGUUAGGUUAAGGGUUAAGGUUAGGGUUAGGGUUAGAUUUAGGGUUAGGGGAUAGAGAAAAUAGGAUUUUAGAUGGGAAUCAAUUAUUUGGUCCCCACAAGGAUAGCAAUACAAAACUGUUUGUGUGUGUGUGUGAAAGUUUGCAUUUGGCCUGCCUUUUGGUCUGUGUGUGUUUCAUGUUUUGUGUGUGUAGACUUCUCGUUGUGCUUGUUUGACUUAUGUUUGUUUGACGUAUUGUCUAAGUGUGUAUGUCCCAAUAACAUGUCUUUGUGUCGGUCCAUGCCUCCCUCCCAGCUGGAGAACCAGGACUCGGUGCAGUCCCUGCUGAGGCAGACAGAGUCGGAGCUGAGCCUGAUGAUGCUGGACGCCAUGCGGACCCAGGAGGACCCUCUGCAGAGGCAGCGCCUCCUAGUGGAGGAGGAGAGACUCAAGUACCUCAACCAGGAAGAGCUGCUCAUCCAGCAGCUGCAGUGAGUUCAGCCUUUAAGUCAGGCUCAAGCUAGGGUCAGUGUGAAUGAAUAAAUAAUGCAGACUGAUUCAGAUAGUAAAAAGCUGAAUGGUAUAUUUAGUGUUGAGCUGGAACCAUGCAGUGGCUGCGUAACAUGGCUACAAGACAAGUGACCACUGAUUUUGGUCUUCACAGUGAUCUGGAGAAGUCAGUGGAGGAACUCCAGAGGAACUCGUCAGUCAACCAUGGCCUGGUGACAGAGCAGGACGUGGAGCAGAAGAGCAUGGAGCUUAGGUCUUUGGGAGAGACCCUCACAGAACUCAAGAGUAAGUAUAUCAAUAGGAGAUAAUGAUACAGGAAGAUACAACAGUAAGGCACUGUUUGGAUGGAAUAAAAUUAACCCUUCGUAUAAUUACCUUACUAGAUAAUUGCAACAAGGACCAAAUCUGUUGCAGGUGAUUAGGCAGGUGUACGUGCAUAAUAUGAGUGUGUCUCAUUAAGGAAGAGGUGCUAAACAUGCAGAUGUUGUCACGUCUAGCAUCAUAGCAGAAAACCACACAGUGGAACGAGAUGCUUGUUUACCAACUUGUGAUACCAGACUGGUUAUGCACCUAAAUACCCUGAAAUCUUUCUCCAUGUGGUAGCAGAACCACAGGGGUCAGAGAGUACAGUAAGCCCCGGCAGGGAGCAUGACAGGAGACACAAAGACACUACAUGCAUGUUUUACAUACAAACAUGGAUAUACAGUAUGCACCUUCCCUCUCUCAUUGAUUUAAUGGUACUUUCCUCUCCUUCUCUGUCUCCGUCUCCGUCUCCGUCUCUGUCUUUCCCUCCCUCCCUCCCUCCCUUCCUUCCUUCCUUCCUUCCUUCCUUCCUUCCUUCCUUCCUUCCUUCCUUCCUUCCUUCCUUCCUUCCUUCCUUCCUUCCUUCCUUCCUUCCUUCCUUCCUUCCUUCCUUCCUUCCUUCCUUCCUUCCUUCCUUCCUUCCUUCCUUCCCUCCCCUCCCUCCCUCCCUCCCUCCCUCCCUCCCUCCCUCCCUCCAGACCAGUUCCCCAGUCUGCAGAGUAAGAUGCGGGUGGUGUUGAGGGUGGAGGUGGAGGCUGUCAAGUUCCUGAAAGAGGAGCCACACAGACUGGACACACUGCUGAAACGCUGUAACACCAUGACCGACACACUGACCACACUACGAAGGUAUGGUUCAACACAACAACUAUGCUAUAUAAACAUUGUUGUUAUGUUGUUGUUAUGUUGUUAUAACAUCAUUGUUACGAGGGCUCCAUUCAACUUGUGACUUGUUUUUUAAAGAUAAGUACAAAUUAUACUCUUUCAAUACAACGAGAAAGCAUGUUCAUAUGAACAACUUUUUGCAGCAGAUGGAAAAUACAAAUGUUUGAUUGAUUCCAGAAAGCAGGUCACCAGGUUUGAUGCAAUAGGGCCCUGACAAUGCUGUGUGUGUUGUUAGUGUAUUGUAUACCGCCUGUACGUACAGAAAAGUGACCGAGGGCCUGUGGAAGGGCCAGGACGACAUCUGCAGCCAGUCAGCCAAGCGAACUGAGGACAAAGGAAAGAACUCGGACCUCGACAUCCUGACCAGUCCACCGCUCAGCCUCAAUGACCUGGGUGGCAGUGCCAGCCAUGCCAACUGGAUGCCCAUAUCAGGCAGUGACCCGGACACCUCUGGACCUGAGCAGGAUCCCCACCCUACGUCCAGCUACAGAAGCCGGGUCCUGGACGAGCUGCCGAGCCGUCGCGGUGCUGACAAAUCAGUGUCCGUGGAGGUCAGACUGGUACGGAACAUUCCUCCUGUGCUUUAUUCAUUCUAUAAACUCCCCCUCACAAUGCUAAAUGUACAGAUUUACGGGGGAAUCUGUACAUUUACCAGUGUGACCAUUUUCUGGAAAAUUUAUAGAUUUUCUGAUUUUACACAUUUCCUUUAUCAUGUACAGUAUAUCUGUGUACAUGAUAUUCGCAAUAUAUUUCCAAAAUACAAUAAUAUUUGGGUUGACAAAUAUGUGUGCUUGUAUAGGCUGCAGAGCGGGACUGGGAGGAGAAGCGGGCCAGUCUGACCCAGUUCAGUGCCCAGGACAUCAACCGUCUGCUGGAGGAGACGCAAGCUGAGCUGAUGAAGGCCAUCCCAGACCUGGACUUCGCUGCCAGGCAGAUCAACAAGCCCGCGGUGCCCCCCAAACCCCACCCCAAACCUCAGUUUACCAUCCCUGUCACUACCUCCACCACCGCCUUUACAACCUCUAGUACCCUCACUACUAUCAGUACUGAGCACCAGCUCAACAAGGUCCAGAUCACUGCCCAGAAGCUGGAGGGGGGCUCACGUCGCGGAUCUGGUGAGACUGAAUACCACAUCCACGUUGUGAUAUUUGUGUUUGAGUUAUGACUGAGCUGUCCUAUAAAGAUAUGAUGCCAUUGUCUGUUUUAGCGGAGCUGACCGUAACCAGGUAUCGCACUGA